UUGCCUUUCAUUUCUUUGGUAAGCGAAGUAAAAUUUCUCGCAGCUGAUAACCUUCCAUCAUCAAUGAACAAAAAAGCUGCACAAAAGCCAACUCCUUUACCCAUCUCUGCAUCCAGUGAAAUGAAAAGAAGUUUUUCUGAGUUGGCCCUUGAGGAGUUUUUCAAGCACACAAGGGCUGUUGAAGAUGAUCAGAACCCAAAGGAUGACCAGAAAGUUAGUGCUAAAGCUGGAACAGAAGCUUAUCGUUGUGCUUUAGGUGGUGAUAAAUGUUUUGCUGAUACCACGUCUAGCAAUCCAACCUUUCCUUUGAUCGGAAACCAGGAAAUUAGUAACGUCUUAACCAGAUCUGAUGCAUCAAUGGAUAAUCCUCACUGGUCUCACAAUCUUGCUUCCAGGCACUCUAGCCUCUCAGCUACCAUUGAUUCCCAGUCAUCAAUAUGUGUUGGCAGUCCAACAUCUGCCACUAAGUCAAAAGGAAAAGAUAAAAGAGCCAUGGUUGCAACUAGUGGUUCUUCACCUGAGCAAUCAGAUGAUGAUGAAGUAGAGACUGAAGCUGGUCAAUGUGAGGAAAGCACUGAUCCUAUGGAUCUGAAGCGUAUCAAAAGGAUGGUUUCGAAUAGGGAGUCUGCUAGACGUUCCAGAAGAAGAAAGCAAGCUCAUUUAGCGGAUCUUGAGCAGCAGGUUGAGCAACUACGAGGAGAGAAUGGCUCCUUGUUCAAGCAACUUGCAGAUGCUAGUCAACAGUUUAAAGAUGCAUCCACAAAUAAUCGAGUGCUUAAAUCUGAUGUGGAGGCUUUUAGAGCCAAGGUAAAGCUGGCUGAAGACAUGGUCACACGGGGUUCACUGACCUCCAGUCUAAGCCAUCUUCUUCAAAACUAUUUAAGCACUCCAGAGUCUCUCAACAAUGCCAACAUGUGCCGAGGGGAGAAUGUCUCUACAAUUGUCACAGUCCGUGGGGUUGAUCCUACAUAUCCUGAUGUGGGAGUUUCAGUACAAAAUUCUGCAGCUCGAAUGGGAAAUGUUGACAACUUCAAUGGCGAUCUUAAGAAUGGAGUUACAAAUGACGCAAUGAUCUGCAUGGCAGAUCUGUGGCCUUGGGAAUCUCAUGCUGGUUCAGUGACAAAGUAGAAGAAAUCUCUUUCUGCAUUGGCUAUUUUACCUCCAGAGGUCUCUUCCUUUUUCAUACUUCAUGUCCAUAGACCUAGUUCAUGUAAGUAUUUGGCUUACAUAGUGAUCUUCCCCUAGUUAGACAGAAGCUUAAAUGGCUCAAAGGAUCACCAAGCACCAGUGACCUUCCUGGGAAAAAGUAUAUGAACAACUAAUUAUUUGUUCUCCUUUUUCUGGGAUUUGGAUAUCUUAGACUAUUAUAGGUUUUAUGUACGACUUAUCAAGGAAUUGUUUGUGUCCAAAAUUCCAUGUUUCUUUUUUGUUUUGGUUGUUUGCGGUAUUAUCUUAUACAUAUUGCCUCUGGACAUUGGGCUUUGUAGUUUGUGAGAGCAUGAUCUUCAUAUGUGCUUAGUCAGAGAGUGCUGUUUGAAGUGAAUAAUCUUGAGAUUUAUCAAGCAAUGCUAGAGUUGGUAUUUCCAUUAA